GCAGUGGCUAGCUAACUCCAACAAUAACGACCUGUCAAACCACUCCCAAGUGGCUCAGACCGGUACAUGUAGCUCGAGAAAUUGACAUUAGUUACGUAGUAAUGUUGCGAAACUGAUGUAGUAACAUUGGUACCCAACUACCUCUGUAUCUCCGGUCGAUGUUUUCUCAUGGAAGGUUUGUACAGUUAUUAGUCAAGAGGAUUUACGAGCAGACAGACCAGAGGAGGUACACGUUUGGUUUCUUCGCCAUGGGGAACACCUGCAGUAAUCAUCUUGGGAUCCCUCCCGCCAAGGGCCCCAAUGCUGUGGGAUGCACUGACUUCAUGAUGGACCACACUGCACAGGGCAGCUUCUUCCGGCUUUUCUAUCCUUGUCAAGAAACUGAAAAAGCAGAUAAACCAGACUGGGUACCGAGCAGGGAGUAUUUUUACGGUCUGGCAGACUUCAUGAAAAUCAACAGGGCCCUCAGUGAAAAGAUUUUCAACUACCUCUUUGGGUCCUUUAAGAUCCCAGCAUAUUUGGAUGCUCCAUUUAAAUCAAAUGGAAAAUGUCCUGUAGUUAUCUUCUCCCAUGGCCUUGGAGCCUUUAGGACUUUGUAUUCAGCUGUAUGUGCAGAAUUGGCUUCUCAUGGCUUCAUUGUGGCGUCUGUGGAACACAGAGACGAGUCAGCCUCAGCUACGUAUUAUUUUCGUGAGAAGACAGAGUCCGAGAAGGCACAUGAGAAAGUGCCUAAAACAUCUGCCUCAGCCCAAGACAACUUGGUAAAACAGUGGAUGUACUACAGAACUCUGCAGCACAGAGAGAGCGAAUUCCCCCUCAGAAAUAAACAGGUGAAACAGAGAGCAGAUGAAUGCAUUCUGGCUCUGGAUAAACUCACUGAAAUCAACUCAGGGACAGCAGUGGAAAAUGUUCUGCAAACACAGUUUGACUGGACGACGUUGGAGAACUCCAUGGAUCUGUGUAGGAUAGCAGUGUUGGGGCAUUCCUUUGGGGGAGCAACAGUGAUUGAAGCUCUGUGCAAAGAGGUUAAAUUCAAGUGUGGCGUAGCGCUGGACGCCUGGAUGUUCCCUUUAGAUGACGAGUUAUUUCCUCGGGUGAAGCAGCCGAUCUUCUUCAUCAACUCAGAGAAGUUCCAGUGGGCGGGGAACAUCAGCCGCAUGAAGGAGCUGGACUCAGCAGUCAUACAGAGGAAAAUGAUCACCAUCAGAGGUACAGUCCACCAGAGUUUCCCAGACUUCACCUUCCUGACGGGCCACUGGAUCGGUAAACUGAUGAAGCUACAGGGAGAGAUCGACCCAGAGCUCGCCAUAGACCUCUGCAACAAAGCAACACUAGCCUUUCUGCAACGCCAUCUUGGUCUAGAGAAGAACUUUAAUCAGUGGGACCCUCUGAUUGAUGGGCAGGAUGAAAACCUCAUUCAGGGAACUAAUAUUACUCUGCUACAGUCUGCCAUCUGAACUGCAGAUAAUACCUGGGACUGUCUGGCCGUCAGCUGAAUGAUUUCACCUCGUGCAUAGCAGUCAGUGGAACGGUCCCAAAUGGACUAAGGAUAACAUUUGAGUAGUAAUGGAUAGGAAAUGUAAUCUCUACCUCACCAGCAGGAAAGAUUUUUUUCUUGACAGAAAACACUCAGUGUUGUUUCAUGGGUACUGAAUGUUGCGUACGAGUAGCUUACACUUCUUUUCACUGUAAGUGAAAUUUUCUCUAUUACCAGCAAUUUCUUAGAGAAAUUCUUUUUAAUCAUUUUCAUCUGAGUGUAUAGAAAGCCAACUAAGAUAAUGUUAUUUCACACAAAUACUGUAUGUCUCCAUAUGACUUUCCAGCAGACAAGCUACAUUAUGAUUGCAGUGAGAUUAUGUGAUGAGGCCUGUAAUGAGAAUCGUAUCCAAAGGGCUAGGGAUGGGUACUGUUAAGACUUAAGACUUAAGACUCAUAUAAUUUUAGAUGACAUAUUUACCUAGCCAAGAUAGCAAACUAGAUGUUUGCAUCCUGAUUCAACAGACAGCUACAUAAACAAAUCAGCAUCAUUAAAAGGAUACAAACACUAAAAGGUUGCAUUAAGAUACCAUGUGCCAUAACUCACAGUACUGUUCAUCCUGGGUCAAUGACAUGUAACAUCCUUCUACUUUUAUACACUUACCGUCUAAAAUAUCUGCCAUUUGUACACAACAGAAAACCAAUAAAUAUCGUUUGUACAUACA